GUGGCACUCGUGUACUAUCAGUUAUACAUUCGGAACUCUUCGUAAUAUUGUCUAACUGUAAACUUGCCGCAGUAUUGUUGCGUCCCUCUGUGCACAAACUUUGGGGGGCAUAGGUUUCCCACGGAAUCUACUCUUCGGGAAAAGUGGAGGGUAGCUAUAAAAAGGGUUUAUCAAAGGACGAAGCGGCUUUGGGAGCCGGGGAAAUAUGAUGUUGUGUGUUCGUCUCACUUCCGAGACGAAGACUUCACAUCCACGUUAUUAGUUAUUUGCUGUUUUUAAACCAUUCAACUCAAGACAUCUUCAUCUUCCCGAGUUUUGUGGUGGUACAAUGCAGGAGCAAGGCGUGUGCUGCAUAAAGGAGCCAUACCAAGUAUUUUCCCAUUUAGGCCGAAAGAACAGGCGAGAAGAACAAAGAUAUGCAGGGAGCGUGACAGAUCAGUAGUUGAUAUAAACAAUGUUAAUGUUGUGUCAUGUGAAAUGAAACUGGAGGAAGAUGUUGUAAAGUCAGAUGAAAAUAAUCAACCAGAUGAAUUAAUUUGUCCAGUACUGGGAAAAUUUUCAAUUGAGCAAUUAAAACAAGAACCAAAGAAAGUGAAAUAUUACACAUCAUUUAAUGACUAUGAACACUUUAUGUUUUUCUAUUACUCCUUGGGACCAGCUGUUGAUCACUUAAGCUACAAGAGUAGCUUAUUAUCAUCAAAGGAUGAACUUUUUCUUACAUUAAUAAAAUUACGCCAAGGCAAAGAGGAUAGGGAACUCAGCUUUUAUUUCAGUGUUUCAGAGACAACCGUUUCUAAAAUUAUUGUGACUUGGAUUACCUUUCUGUAUUUUCAGUUGAGAGAAAUUAACAUUUGGCCAUCUCGUGAAAUUGUUAGUGAACAUAUGCCUUUAGAUUUCAGAAGGAAAUUUCCUCUGACAAGAGUAAUUUUGGACGCUACGGAGAUUCCCAUUCAGAAACCAUCACAUGUGGACAGUCAAUGCGCAACAUGGUCUUCGUAUAAACACAGAAAUACUCUAAAAACAAUGGUGGGGUGCACACCAAGAGGAACUGUGUCAUUUAUCAGCGAUUCCUAUGGUGGGUCUGUGAGUGACAGGCAGAUCAUCGAGAGAUCAGAUUUGAUCAAACCUGAGCUCAGGCAUUUCAAAAAGAAAGACAGUAUCAUGGCGGACCGUGGUAUCAUGAUUCAAGACCUAUUUGCAACACGGGAUGUUUUUGUCAAUAUCCCAACUAUGUUAAAGGGAAAGAGUCAACUGGAACCAGAAGAAGUGGUACAUGACCGUCGUGUAGCAUCCAAAAGAAUCCAUAUAGAGCGUGUUAUUGGACUUGCCAAGACAUUCAAAAUAUUGCGCAAUUCAUUACCUUCAAGCAAAGUUAUCCUUGGGUCUAGAAUCAAUUACGUUUGUUUUUCUAUAGUUAAUUUCCGUCCUUGUAUUGUAAAUCAAAAUUCUUAAGAUUCAGAAUGUAGGAAUUAUGGUAAUAUUUAUUGACAUUAUAGCUAUGUCUGAUUUACUGUCAUUGGAAUACACAACUGACAAUGUAGAAUGUGAAGUGUAUGCGAGUGUUAAUUGUAUAAUUAAAUUCUAUCUUGAAGAUGAGCUGUAAA